AUGCAAAAACUGACGGAGCGCAUAGACGACCUGAAGCAGAGAAUCGCUGCUUGGGGAAAGCGGAUUCGGCGAUAUACCGAGAGGUCGACACGGUUCAACCAGAAUCGUCUCUUUCAGAGUGAUCAGAAGAGGCUCUAUAAAUCAUUGGAGCGACCAAUGUUAAGUGGAACGGGCCCAGCACCGAAUCAGGCCGACACUGUCACAUUCUGGCACGGCCUGUGGUCAGAGCCUGUAAACCACAGCAAGGGCCCUUUUGCGGAAGUUGUGGCGAGUCAUUGUGCGAGUAUUAUGCCCAUGGACCCCGUCAUCAUAACGCCGGAUGACGUAGCUGAGGCGGUCCGUAGAGCCCCGAACUGGAAAAGUCCGGGACUCGCCGGGCUGCAUCACUACUGGCUGAAGGGGUUCAUGGUGUCUCAACCAGAAGUCGCUCCCUAG